AUGCUAUUCAAACAGCAGGCGUUGCUGAGACAGAAGCUCCUUGUGCUAGGCAGCCUUGCUAUUGGAAGUCUCCUAUAUCUAGUUGCCAGAGUUGGGAGCUUGGAUAGACUGCAGCCCAUUUGCCCUAUUGAUGGUCGGUUUGGACUCCAUGGCCAAGAUGAAAUUCCACUUCGAGCUCUACAGUUUAAACGUGGUUUGCUACAUGAGUUUCGGAAGGGCAAUGCCAGCAAGGAGCAAAUUCGACUUCACAGUCUGGUCCAACAGAUCCCAAAGGCCAUAAUCAUUGGGGUGAGGAAAGGAGGCACACGAGCUCUACUGGAAAUGCUUAAUCUCCACCCAGCAGUGGUCAAAGCUUCUCAAGAAAUCCACUUCUUUGAUAAUGAUGAGAACUAUGCGAAGGGCAUUGAAUGGUACAGGAAAAAAAUGCCAUUUUCUUACCCUCAUCAAAUAACAAUUGAGAAAAGUCCUGCAUACUUUAUCACAGAGGAGGUACCUGAAAGGAUAUAUAAAAUGAACUCAUCCAUCAAAUUACUGAUCAUUGUCAGGGAACCCACAACAAGAGCUAUUUCUGAUUACACUCAGGUGCUGGAGGGGAAGGAACGGAAGAAUAAAACGUACUACAAAUUUGAGAAGCUGGCUAUUGAUUCAAAUACCUGUGAAGUCAACACUAAAUACAAGGCAGUAAGAACCAGCAUCUACACAAAACAUCUGGAGAGGUGGUUAAAAUAUUUUCCCAUUGAGCAGUUUCAUAUUGUUGAUGGUGAUCGUCUCAUUACAGAACCACUGCCAGAACUCCAGCUGGUAGAGAAGUUCUUAAAUCUUCCUCCAAGGAUAAGUCAAUAUAAUUUAUAUUUCAAUGCCACCAGAGGGUUUUACUGCUUGCGAUUUAACAUUGUCUUUAACAAGUGCCUGGCGGGAAGCAAGGGACGCAUCCAUCCAGAGGUGGAUUCCUCUGUCAUUACCAAAUUGCGCAAGUUCUUUCACCCUUUUAAUCAGAAAUUUUACCAGAUCACAGGGAGGACAUUUAACUGGCCCUAAAGUAAAUUUCAUACAACACUGUGUGUUGCACCCAGAGAUAUGCAACCGUGUCUCUACUAGAGUAAAAAUAUGCACUUUUCAUAUACACAGCUAUCAA